AUGAAUUCGGUCGCGGCGAAACGGCUCUUCCAAGAGUACAAAGCUCUCAGCCAAGACCCCCCCGAGGGCAUCACAGCCGGACCCGUCAACGAGGAUGAUCUCUUCCUCUGGGAAGCUCUGAUCCAAGGGCCGGAGGGAACUCCAUUCGAGGGCGGCGUGUUUCCCGCCGAGCUGAAGUUCCCGCGAGACUAUCCUCUCAUGCCACCGACGAUGAAGUUCACGUGUGACCUGUGGCAUCCGAACGUAUACAUGAACGGAGUCGUCUGCAUCUCCAUCCUCCACCCGCCCGGCGACGACCCGAACCACUACGAACAUGCCUCGGAACGAUGGUCGCCCAUUCAGAGCGUCGAGAAGAUCCUGAUCAGUGUCAUGAGCAUGAUCGCGGAGCCGAAUGAUGAGAGCCCGGCAAAUGUGGACGCAGCACGGAUGUGGAGGGAAGCCCGAGGGGAGUAUGAGGCAAGAGUUCGGGCGGAUGUGAGGCGGAGCUUAGGCCUCUGA